AUGGCUCCUCCAGGGAACGAUAAGAACCAGCUAUUUCUGGGCUUGUUCAUACACAGCGUGAAGCUCGGCGAGCUCCAAUAUCUGCAUGACACCGCAGUCUGUGUAGACAAGUCCGGCAAGAUUAUUGCUGUCGAGAAGCAAUGCGAUCAGAAGAAAGCUGAGGUGACUUUAUAUCCUAAGCUAGGUUGGAAGGUAGACGAUGUCACCGUCACGAUAGCAAAAGAUGGCCAAUUCUUCUUUCCUGGGUUCAUUGAUACGCAUAUUCACGCGCCACAGUAUCCUAACGUGGGCAUAUUCGGCAAAUCUACGCUCCUGGACUGGUUAAACACAUAUACUUUUCCCAUGGAAGCAUCCCUCUCCUCACUCCCCAAAGCUCGCAGAGUAUACACACGUUGUAUCCAGCGAACCAUAGCCCACGGUACCACCACCGCAGCCUACUACGCCACAAUCCACGUGCCGUCCACAAACCUACUCGCAGACCUAUGCCUCUCGCUAGGCCAGCGUGCCUUCGUCGGUCGCGUGUGUAUGGAUAACCUUGGCCCCAAAUACUACCUCGACGAAUCGCCGUCGAAGUCCCUAGCUGCGACACGCGCCACUAUCGACCAUAUUCGGAGUAUCGACGCGGACUUCGAUCUCAUAAGCCCGAUCCUAACUCCCCGCUUCGCACCUUCAUGUAGCGUAGAUGCCAUGACCCAGCUCGGCGCUCUGCACCAGGAAACUGGGCUUCCGAUUCAGACACACAUCGCGGAGAACGUCGACGAACUGAAGCUCGUGCGGGACAUGUUCCCCGACAGCAAAAACUACGCCGACGUGUACGACCGCUUCGGUUUGCUAGGCAAGCGCACGAUCCUCGCACAUGCUAUUUACUUGAGCGAGGAGGAAGCCGACCUUGUCGCGCACCGCGGGUCCAAGGUCUCCCAUUGCCCGUGUAGCAACUCGGCGCUGACGAGCGGCGUAGCGCCCGUGCGCUGGCUGCUAGAUAAGGGGAUUGGCGUGGGCCUCGGCACCGAUGUUAGCGGCGGAUAUAGUCCUAGCGUACUCGAUGCCGCGCGCCAGGCCGCUCUCGUAUCGAAUCAUCUCGCCAUGCCGCCGCGAACCGGGAAGAAGCAGAUAGACUCCAGCGCCGACACCGAAGCUAACACAUCUUUUAAAGACGAUCGUGAGCUAGUCCGGCUGAGCGUCGAGGAGGCAUUGCAUUUAGCUACGCGGGGCGGCGCCGAAGUCGUUGGCUUAGGGGAGAAAAUUGGCGGGUUCGAGGUAGGCAAGGAAUGGGACGCACAGCUAAUCGGACUUGGACUCGUUCCCGAGGAAGACGAUAGCACGGAAUUAAAACAAGACGAUCAAGACCAAGACCAAGAUACCGGAAACGUCGAUAUCUUCGGCUGGGAGCGAUGGGAGGACCGCGUCGCGAAGUGGGUGUUUAAUGGCGAUGACCGGAACGUGAAGAAAGUCUGGGUACGCGGACGGCUAGUGCAUGAGCGAAGAUAG